UUUCUUUUUUCUUUUUUUUUCUUACUUGUAUUAACUUUAAACCCCCCCACUCAUACAUUAUGUCCACUCCCGGUUCAGGUAACGCUACUGCUGGUGCUAAGCUUUUCAAGACUCGUUGUGCCCAAUGUCACACUGUCGAAGAAUCUGGUGCUCACAAGGUUGGUCCCAACCUUCAUGGUUUGUUUGGCCGUAAGUCUGGUCAAGCUGCUGGUUACUCUUACACUCAAGCCAACAUUGAUAAGGGUGUUGUCUGGGAUGAACAAACCCUCUUUGAUUACCUUGAAAACCCCAAGAAGUAUAUCCCUGGUACCAAGAUGGCUUUCGCUGGUUUCAAGAAGCCCAAGGACCGUGCCGACGUUGUUGCUUAUUUGAAGGAAUCUUGUUAAAUCAUUCUUUUUUUAUGAUUGUAAUAGUAACCAAAAGACUUAGAAAUAUAUUAUUCAUUCUAAACCUAGUUUUUUUUUUUUUCUUUUUUCUUGUCUGGUUGUGUUUCAUGUAUAAAUUGAACAAAUCAAAAACUUA